GGUAACGUUGGCGGUAAGUUCCCAUGAUUCCUUGCGUGACGUAAGAAUUGCUCAACUCACCGCGGCCCUCAUUGCUGAAGCGGCCUUGAGGUGACUGUCAGAAAAUAGGACUUGUUUUCCAUCGAAUGACACCUAACACCACAGCAGGACAGCUGAAGAGAGAAGGGAAUGGGGGAGCAGAGAGACGUGGAAGACAUGCAGCAACCUGUGACCACUGUGACAAGAACUAUAGUAUGGCUUCUAGGUCCUGCUGCUGAUCAGCUAUGUGAGCGAUGAAGAGGAUGUUGAGGAGCAUUGAUGGAACCUGUCUUCCUGUCAAACAAGGAGCAAUCCAAGGUCCUGCUGCUGAUCAUCUGUGAGCGAUGAAGAGGAUGUUAAGGGGCAUUGAUCAAGUUUAGGUUUUCAGACCUGUCCUCCUGUCAAACAAGGAGCAAUCCAAGCCUCGAAGGCGCGAUGGCGUCCCCCUUUUUCCUCGGCCUAACGGGAUUAGUCGUGCCAGUGCUACCCCGGCUGUCACGGUCAGCCAGCUGUCUUCUGAUGGAAGUCCUGAACCACUUGUUGCAUCUUACUGUCUCCAUGGCCGCUCUGUUAAAUAUCAUCUGCAGGAUAAGAGGUGCAGCAGGAGCUGCAGUCUGUGAUGUUGCCUCAGGGGGAGAUUAGGAGGGGCAGCCGGCCCUCUGUGUCACGUCGACAGUCACAGCGCCCAUCCGCGGCCGGGCCAAACCCCACUGGGACCUUAAAUCCUGUUACACUGUCAGCUAAAACCAUCAUUUGUAUUAGAGAUGUGUGGGUGUUUAAGUGUGUGUACAUAUUAAGUGCGGGGGGAUAGUGUCUUAAACUAUGAAUAAUUCAUAUCAAAAAGAAAAGGAGAUAUUGACUACAUCUCCAUAAACAGACUGCUCUCUUUAUGUCAUCAGGCACGAGAUCUUUGGGUAUAAUUGCGUAAAAGCCCCUGAAAAUGUGCUUCUGCAGCGGCACAGCAGGCACUGGUCAGUGUUAUCAUCAGGGAUGAACUUGAGUGAUGGCAAUUGUUCCAACUUAAUAUCUUAUAAAUAAUUUACUAUUUCAGGGGCAUUGCUUUCACCCCUAUCAAGCAUAAACGUUAAGAAGCUUUGGUAACUCACAGCUGUAUGCUGAACACAUGCUGAAUGUGUCUGUUAAGGGAAAACACAGAUCUGGAUGUGAUGAUGCAUGAACCUUAUCAUAAGAGGCUAUGAAUGUAUAUUUUUUUUAGCUUCAGAGUGGCCCAAAAACAGUAAUAGAGUUGUUGUAAUGUGAGUGGGCUAUUUCCCUCCAUUAUUUAUCUCAGUAACAAGUGAUUAUGGAGAAUGAGAUUCUUUGCACUUCUGGCCCGCGCCUCCAGAGGGAGGUCAAAACUAUUUGUCAGUCUCCAGUUGGGAUUGCAAAUUAGGAUGAGCCUCCCUGCGUGACGACCCAUGAAACCUCUAUUCCUAUCCACGGGGUGACUGCUGUACAUAAUUCGAAAAUUAGGGCCUUUGAUAACAUCUUUAUGUUAAGCAAUACGUCAAUCUGCCAACACCAUGCUGGAUAUCUGCCGCUGUAAAAAGAAAGCUGUGUUUCAGAUACAAGUCAAACCUGCAACGUUUAAAGCUAAGGCUGAAGAAGAUUAUGCGUUUUAUUUAGCUUAAGGCUUUUACGCACGAGCUGACAAUCUCUUCAUGAGAAUAGGCGUUUUUAACGUAUCAAGAAAACAUGUCAUUAAAUUAUUACCUUAUUAAGAAUCGAAAGAAAAGCGAUAGAUUGUGUUUAGAAGAUUGACAGACUGGUUAAUGGCUAAUUCCUGGCAGGAAAUGAAAGGACAUACUAAUGCAACAAAUGAAAAUGGCCCUCGCUGAUAUAAGAGUCGUGCAGGAGGGUAUUUAGUCUUGUUUAAAGGGUUUAACUGCUCCUAAUUUGUAUCGACUUUAAUGGUACAGGCUAAUUACAGGUCUGGCCUUUAUGGAAGAUUAACGUUGUGAAGCUGAGCACAUUAGGCCUCUUAUUUAAAGAGGAGGACAGAUAGCAUCACAGCGUCGUUGUGUAUAUAAUGUAGAACAGAAAAUAUUAUUUAUGACUAGAUUAUUUUGAUAAAUAGUGCAUAAAGGCAGGUAAGCUAUAAACAUACAGACGACAUUAGAGAGGUGAAAAGAAAGCAUGCUGGCACCAAAUAUCACACUGAAGGAGGGGUUAUUGCAGCAGAUGAAACUUAAAACUCUACAUCACACACUAUAGACUACCUUUGCAUUAGUCCAUUAAACCUCUGUUCCUGGUGUUAUCUUUACCCCUCAUUUCAAGGUAACCACGGAAAACUCCCACGUUCUCCUUAUUGAAAAAGAAGAGAAGAAGAAGUUGGAGGAACAGAAAUGACAUUCCAGUAUUUACUCACACAUUACGGCUCUGUGCCUUUGAAGGUCUUGUUCAGAAGGCCUUAAAGUGAAAGAAAAUGUUUUCCUAUUACUUAAUUCAAUCAGAGCGCAAGGCGGGGGCUUCACGCGCCGCGCAUUGGGCUCCUCUAUGACAGAGUCGCCUUUGUUGCGUCUAUCCGCCGCUGUCACACACUUUAAUUCGACUCUCUUUCUCUCUCAUUGAAACCCCUCCACAAUGACAUUCAAUAAGGGCCGCAGAGUGAAAACCUGGUUAUUUUUACAUAUUCUUUCCCCCGACUCGGCAGGGGCCCGAGCAAAGGAAUUAAUCACUGCUCUUUAACAGCACUGCCUUCAGGCGAUGACUUGUCCCUUUUUGUGCCCAGAAAUGACACAUUAACCUCAAAAUGGAUAUGCAUAAACUUUACAUUCAGCUGUUGCGUUUUUAUGUGUGCACAGCAAAGUAGCCACACAAGUGCAAAAUACCUGCAUCACAAAUAAUUCAUCUCGCACACUUUACAUACAAAAUAAUGUAAGAAUUUGUAUUGUUUAUUCAUUUAAAUGUAAUACAUGUACACGUACAGUUCAUGUUGCUUAUAGUUGACAUGCUAUCCUCACCUUCUUAAUUAAUUAAUAUUUGAUUUUAAAUAUUUACAUGUAGUGAUUUUGUCAUUUGCAAGCUGUUUUUAAUAAUAAAUGUACACACGACUUUGUGAAUAUCUCUGGAAGUGUUUGUCUAUUCGCUCUUCUCGCUUUGCCCAUACACACGCUUAGCACUAUAACUUAUACUGAAACAUAUCUGAUAGGCUGUUUAGUAUCCAAGACAAAACUUGAAUACACACUCUGGCUUUCUGAAUGUGACAGAAAGGUUUUUUCGCGCACAUUGAAGCGCUGCUCUAUGAUAAAAUGAGAGUGAUGAUAAAAGGGAGAAUGGGCAGUGCCGCCUCUUGCGGCGUGGGUGGGGCUGACAAGAAUAGACUACAUUAUGCAGUUCAUUUAGUUAACAAGUGAAAUAAUGGGGAAGCGUGCAGUGGGAAUGCCGAGAGAAAGGCACAAAACCCUAUUGAGAGCUCUUGGCCGCUUACAGCGUAACCGUCACAUGGCCGAACCGAGUCCACGGCAGCUAUUUAAGGAGCGACGCUGCGCCUUCAGCACCACUUCGCUGUCCACUGUCUCGAAGAGAGCACGCUGACACCACCACGCGCCGGAUCCAACUUCAACCAAACUGAGCAACAAGUUUUGCAACCAUGCCGAGGUCUUUUCUCGUGGAUUCCUUGAUUCUACGGGAGGCCAGCGACAAGGGGAACGAGAACAACCCACCUUUAUUCCCGUACGCCGUGCACUCUCCGCACCAACCGCACGGGCUCACAGGCUCGUGCCACUCCAGGAAAGCCGGUCUUCUGUGCUUCUGCCCGCUGUGCAUGACCGCGUCCCAGCUCCACCCGUCCCCACCGACUCUGCCGCUCCUCAAGUCUUUUUCUCCCUUCAGCACGCAGUACUGUCACUCAGCUCUGUCCAGGCAACACGCUUCAUCCAACAACAUCAACCUCAGCCACGGACCCGGGAUAUACCAGGCUGCGUACUCUGUCCCAGACCCACGACAGUUUCACUGCAUCUCCAUCGAGAGCAGUAACAGCAAACUUCAGAGCAGCAAGCGCAUGCGCACGGCCUUCACCAGCACACAACUUUUGGAGCUGGAGCGCGAGUUCACCUCCAACAUGUACCUCUCCAGACUGAGGCGCAUCGAGAUCGCCACGUACCUGAACUUGUCCGAGAAACAGGUGAAAAUCUGGUUCCAGAACCGCAGAGUGAAGCACAAAAAGGAGGGAAAGAGCAGCGGCCAAAGGACUGGUUCACAUAACUGCAAAUGCUCGUCCCUGUCAACCGCAAGGUGCUCGGAGGAAGAGGAGGAUGACAUGCCCAUCUCUCCAUCCUCGUCUGAAAAGGAGGACGUGGACCUGUCCGUCUCCCCAUGAACUAUUUCCCCUGCCUCCCCUUUGAAAGAUUUUGGUCCUCAUGAGUUUGAAAACAGCCAAAAAAAAAGACUGAUCCACUUGUGUUCGGUCGUUUGUAUAUACAAAGAGAAUAUUUAAUCAGGGAAUUGCCCUGAAUUAUUGUAUAGCUGUAUACAUGUUGUACGUUUUGUAUGUAGUUUUUUUCUGAAAACGGCCCAUUUGUUGUUGCCAAUCCCAUGAGUAUGGUAGGCAUCUUUGUAAAGACAAACCCAAAUGACAAAAAGAAAAAAAACAAUAGCCACAUUGUUUAUUAGUAUUUUGGGCAAGACAGUAUUUUGUAUACAUGGUUACCAUACUGGUUAGAUUCAGUCUAUGUGAAUGGAACUGUGACUUCAAAUGUGGAAAUCUGGAGAGACAUUGCUGAGAUCACUCUGAAAUUAUAUCUUCAGUGUAAUUGAAAAAUAUUUAUUUAUUUAAAAAUGUUGAUACUUAAAUAAAAAUAUUUCUGAGCUGCA